GGCCUCCUCCUCUUCCUGGCAGUAUCUGCACAGUGUUUCUUCUGUCUGUACUCCUAUCUGGUGCAUAUGCCUUCUUAUGUGGCAUGCCCUGUCAGACAGGGGCGGGUGCUUGUCCGGUGGCGGCCGUCAGAGCUGCCUUUACCAGUGCAUGGUCUCCUCUAGGGGUGGUUAGAGAUUCUACUAAAAUCGAAACCGCGGCCGGAAAAUAUCCUGAGUUUUUGACGCUAGCGGAGCCCCUGCACCAAUGGAGAUAGAGUUGUCGUUUCUAUCUAGGGAGUGCGUGGGAGACUAGGACGAUGCAUUUCGACCACCUUUUGGGUAUCCCUUUACGCGCGGCACUGGUUAAGUGUACAACGUGAACCCACCCCUUCGGAAGGGGCAAGCGGGAGACGUCAACAUUUCUGUCGAUUUGCGGGCUUCUACACAGAACCUCACGGAAGAAGCAGAGUGUCUGUGCGUGGAGGUGAGUCGCUCUUAAGUUGAGAAUCUAAACGUGUGAUAAGGCCUGACGGCUAAAGAACCUCAAUGUUAAUAAAAGACACUGCGACCCGAGUGGGAACGUAUGCCCUGUUAGGGGUCCAACCAGAAUCCUAGUUCAGUUGCUGUUGUCUUCCAGUAUUUUUUUGUGAGUUUUACGGAUGGUCCUUCUAUCUCUUCUACUGCCUCAAGCCUGUUUGCAUUGUUCCACCAGGUUUUGGACUCAUUAAGGAUCCAUUUUAAGAUGUAUCCUUUUUUGUGGCAGGGUGCUAAGCCACAGUAGAGUUCAGGACCCAGUCUACUUUUUCGUUGCCUCUAUGCCCAGAGUGCCCAGGGACCCAUGCCACGAUCAGGUCAUUAGUGUCACUUCCGUCAGGGCCUCCAUGCAGUUCCUCACUUCCUCCUAGCACGAAGCUAGAGCCCUUAGUGCUGCCUGGCUGUCAGAGAGCAUGGCUAUCUUCCAGGAAUGUAUUCCUAGCCUUUUUAUUUCUCUGACGCAUUGUCCAAUCUCUUUGAUUUGAGCAUAUUUACCUAGGUUUAUCGUCAGUUCGGUCUUUGGGUUCAUCCCGAAGACUACAGCUCCCGUACCCUUGUGGGUUUUGGAACAGUUAGUAUACCAGUAGGAGUUGACCCUUAGCGGAGUUCCUUUAGCCCAUUUUCCGUUCCGGUAUCAGUCCCUUGAAGCGCAUUAUAAAAAGAUGUAUGUAUUUUCACUUUGUUUUUAAGCAUAAAAAAUAAUAAAUAUAAAACUAACUAAGAAAAAAUGUAAUUUGGUGCAUUAAAUCGUCAGUGCAAUAUCUUGCAAACUAAAAACUGUUUCAAAAGACACCCUUUCUAUGAUUCGAAGGGCAAUUAAUACAACUAAUCUUUCUGUUAUUUAAUAAAUGAUAGCAUUAUCAAAUCGGUGAACACUUUGCAGCUAUGAUGUAAUUAAUAUUAUGUUAUUAGUAAAAGAUUAUUUCAUUCGAAGAACGGAUUAUAUUUUUUGUUAAUAUAUUUUCAGAACAACUUUUAGAUUGUAAGCAUUAUUGUAAAUGGUGUCACCAACUAAAUUGAAAUUAGAAACUUCUACGCUGUAACUAGAAUUCUCUCACUUUUUCUCUAACUUCUUCUUUCCAAUAUUUACGAAGGGUUUUUAUACGGUUCAAAUAAUUCUUUGGGAAAAAAUAAAAGAUGUUAUAAUCGCAUGCUAGGAGGGUAAAGGACCAUUUGUGCCGUGAUGAAGAGAACCUACGGUUGGGCUGAGUGUCCCCUGGAACUUUUGGAAAAUGUGCUCGGCCAUCUGGACCACGAGGAGCUUCUGGCCGCCAGCGGGGUCUCGGCUCUUUGGUACAACGCGGCCAACAACGUUCUGCAAAGGGAAGGCAAAUGCGUGUACAGAUGGCCGGCCAGGUUUCCGAAAAAAGGCGAGACGUUUGUUUGCAUUGUUGGAAAAAAAAGGGCCGAUGAUGUUUUGCGGUUUUGCAAAGAAGUUGAAGUUCUUGAACUGAGAGCUGAUGAGACAGACACAUUGCCACCAUUGACAUUGCUCAAAAUUUUAAAAUGUGCAAAAAAGCUCAAAAGUAUCACAAUCGCCAAAUAUCAAUUAAACAAAUGCCACGUCGUAACACUACUAACAAAUGCUUUAUUGUGGAACCUAAAAAUAAAAAUUGAAAGGUCAGAUGAUCUGAAUAAAGUUGGGCUUAGUCUUCUCAAAGAGAAUAGAGAAAUUUUCAGCCAACUUUGCAUCGAAUGUACCGGCGACGAUAAAAUUGAAUUGUACUACCCUUCACUUCCAAUCAAACGAAAUACCGAGUUUUUAUCAGCAGAAUGCAUAUACAUCGACUGCACAGGUCUAGGAACGCUUGCAGUCUCACACUGCAGUAAACUUAUAUUGAAAAAUGCAUUUUACAUAAACGCAGAAGAUCUCAAGAAAAUUUCACACUUACCGAUAAAACACUUAAAAGUAACGCAUUCCGAUGUAGAAGAAAACGAAUGGGAUGAUAUUUUUUCGAAAGGUUUCAGAAACUUGGAAACGCUCGUGUUACGAAACUGCUCAAAUUUUUCCAAACAGCUUCUAACAAGACUCGAAAGAUUGACCUACCUAGAGAUAGAUGUGAACAAGCAAGAUGAUCUGCAUUACUUAAUGAAAAUGGAAUCAUUGAAACACAUUAAGAUACACUUGCCUAUGAGCCUAGUCAAUUACACGAAAAAUUUACAAGGGAACCAACCUAAGAAACUCGAACUGGUGAUUGAUCUCUUCAGUAUAGACAUGGAUGAAAUGACCCUGGAAAAAUAUUUGUCCGAAAUUUCUUCCGAUGAAAAUAUAACUGUAGACUUUAAAUUUUCCCAUUCGGAGUAUAGUUUCAAAAGUAAAUACAAUAUUUUAAUAUAGAUUAUUAUACGAACUCCAAUAAGAUGCAAAUAAAUUUAAAUAAAUGUGAUAUAUUAUUUACAAAUUUCAAUAGAAUCAAUACUUCUAGUUGGUAAUUU